CAAUUAUCCGCUUCUAUCCACACUCGCAAGUCGCAAGCCGCUCCAACGGCAGCCAUGGCUUCCAUCACCCUCCUUUCCCUCGCUCCCACCGCCACCUUCCUCCACAUCCCGGCCUCCACCACCUCCACCUCCUCCUUCGUCGCCGCUUCCGGAAUCCUCACCAGCCGCCGGGCAGCGCCCCGCGCCCUCCCGCUCCGAGCGCGCCCGCUGCGCCGCGUCACCGUCGUCUGCAGCGGCGCUGCUGCGGCAGCCGAGGCCUCGGAUGCGGCGGCGCCCGCCGAGAAGUUUCGGCUCGACAACCUGGGACCGCAGAAGGGGUCCCGGCGGCGGCCCAAGCGUAAGGGGCGUGGUAUCGCGGCGGGCCAGGGCGCGAGUUGCGGGUUCGGAAUGCGUGGGCAGAAAUCGCGCUCGGGGCCCGGCGUCCGGCGCGGGUUCGAGGGAGGGCAGAUGCCGCUCUACCGCCGGAUUCCCAAGCUACGCGGCAUUGCCGGCGGAAUGCACAUUGGGCUGCCUAAGUAUGUGCCAUUCAAUUUAAAAGAUAUAGUGCGUGGUGGAUUCAAAGAUGGUGACGAGCUAUCGCUGGAGACCCUGAAAUCGCGGGGCUUGAUCAAUCCAUCAGGCAGGGAAAGGAAGCUGCCACUGAAGAUUUUAGGAGAUGGUGAUGUCUCAAUCAAGUUGAACAUCAAGGCUGGAGCAUUCUCAGCAUCAGCUAAAGAGAAGCUCGAGGCAGCUGGUUGUAACCUGACUCUAUUGCCUAAACGGAAGAAAUGGCUUUCACAGAAUUAUCUGAAGAACCAAGCCCGUGCAGAAGAGUACUUUGCCAAGAAAAAAGGCGGUGCUGGUGAAUCCGAUGACACCUCUGCAUAGAAUUCCAAUAUGAUCAGCUGAAGUCUAAUACCACUGCAGUACUUUGAAUAUGCAUGGCUGGACCCGUGGAGACACUUGAAGUUUUGUCAGAAGCAUCCUGCUGAAAUCUGAAGUCUGUAUUGACUGACGGAUGCUGUAGAAACGAUACUAGAAAGAGAAUACUGGCAAUUUGCCGUGCAUUUACAGGGCUAUCAUGAUCUCGUGUUGAAA